AUGAAUUAGGAACAUAGGAUAUUUAAUUUUCUCAAAUAAAUGAAAAUUGGUACAAAUGAUGUUUAUCAUUUGGAUGCAGAGAAGUAUUUUAAGAAAUAAUGCUCAUCCUUAGAAAUUUUAUUGAUAUCUCGAAUGAUUACAAAAAUCAAUAAGAGAAAUAAUGAAUAAUUAAGAAUGAUAGCAAUUUCUAAUGAAUUUUUGUAUAACAUAGAUAAAAAGAAUAUAAAGAGAAAGAUCGCAAUCAAUAAAAUAUUUGGAGUCACAAUAUCUAAAAAAAGUUUAGAGUUUAUAAUUCAUGUACCUUCAGAAUCUGAUUUAUUGUAUAAAUCAUAAGAGAAUAGAGAUGUAAUAAUAUUUUACUUAGCAAUUGCAUUAAAAAUGUAGAAUAUAGAGGGCCUUUAAAUUUAUUUUCUAGAUGAUGAUGUCUUAUAACCAUAUUGUAUGCAUCAUUAAACACCUGAUAAAUCUAAAUAAAUUGGUUUGCAUCCAAAAUGUUAAAUUAAUAUAUUGCAUCCUGAGAAUUUUCAAUUAAAUUAUAUAAAUAUGAUGAAUAAAAUAAAAGGAACAUAAAAUGAACUAUUAGUAUUAUAUGUUAAUGAUCCAUUAAGAUUACGUGUUAAAUUAGAUGAGUAUUAGAAAUCAGUAGUAUUGGCUUAGGGAUCCUUAAGUAAAAUCUAUUUAUUACAUAAUAAAUAUGAGAAAUAGUAAUAAUUUUCAAUAUUAAAAUAUGUUCCAAUAAAUUAAGUAGAUAUUGAUUUAUUGGAGCUCUUUCUAAAGAAUUAUGAGAAGUUACCUUUUAUUGAGGAACUUGAGCUGUGUUUAUUAUAUAAUGGUAAUGUAAAUUUUAUUUUUAAAUUCAUAAAAGGAGGAGACCUUUAUUAACAUUUAAAGGAUAUUAAUAAUUUUCCAGAAUAAUAAGUAAAAUAAAUAGUAGCAUAAGUAGCUAUAGCAUUGUCUGAUCUGCAUGAGAGAGGUAUUAUUUUUGGAGAUUUGAAGCCUGAGAAUAUUUUGAUAGACGAAAGAGGUUAUGUUUGUUUAACUGAUUUUGGAUAUGGAAAAUUGAGAAUCUAUUAAGAAUAUAAAAAAACAUAAGCAAUUAAUUUUACUACUGAAUAUUCAUCUCCAGAAUAUAUUAAAAAUGGAGAACUUACUAGAAUGUCUGAUUGGUAUAGUUUAGGAAUUCUUAUUUAUGAAUUAUUAGUAGGCAUUACUCCUUUUUAUCAUAAUAGUUUUGAAAUUGCAUUAAAACUCAUUCUCAAAGGGGAUAUUCAUUUCCCUAAAAAUAUAGUUUGCUCUUCAUAAUGCAAAGAUAUUAUAUAAAAAUUGACUAAACAUGAUAGUACAUAAAGAUUAGGAUUUCUUAUGGAUUUUAAGGAACUUUAAAAUCAUCCAUGGUUUCAUGAUAUAUCUUGGGAGGAUUUAAAAUUUAAAAAAUAUGAUACACUUAUUUAUCUACCAUAGUUUAAUGAAAUAUCUCAAAUUUCAGAUAGAUAUUUUACUAUGGAAUAAUUAAAUGAAGAUGAAAGAACUUGGUGA